GGGCACAGUGGAUAACUUAUCGACGAAAAGAGCCGAAGAUGUCGGCUCUGUCUUGUGAUCAGCUGUGUCCAAUCAUAGCUGAUCGCAUGGGGCAUGUACACUGAUCAUCAGGGCACUGAUGAUCAGUGUGCCCUGAUGAUCAGUGUAGAUCCAGCAGUGCCACCUAUCAGUGCCAAUCUAUGCCACAUAUCAGUGUCUACCAGUGCACAUCAAUGCCACAUAUCAGUGCCAAUCUAUGCCACAUAUCAGUGUCUACCAGUGCACAUCAAUGCCACAUAUCAGUGUCUACCAGUGCACAUCAAUGCCACAUAUCAGUGCCCAUCUGAACUGCAUUUCAGUACCACCUAUCAAUGCCCAUCAGUGCCACCUAUCAGUGCUGCCAAACAG